CGGGCUCCUGCGCCCCAGUUGUGAUCGUGCCGUGCGCCCUGCUGGGGCAAGGUAGAGUCCCCGGCGAGCCCCGCCCCGCUCGCACACUCUCGCACUAGGGCAGAAGGGCCGCGGAAGGGGCCGCCCCACCGGCUGGGACAGCGCUGCCGCGUCCGGAGGAGGAAGCGUUGACAGCUGGAGCCGGCUGCUGAAAGCCUUUGCGCCGGGACGCGGGAGCUGCCUUUGGCUGCGCAACACCCGGGGUUACCCUCUGAAAAAGAAACCCCAGAAGCUGUACUACCAGGCGCUCUUUGUGGUAUACCUUCAGAAGAAAAGAAAGAUGGCCAAAGACAAGGGCCUGAUCAGUCCGGAAGACUUUGCUCAGCUGCAAAAAUACAUAGAAUACUCCAGCAAAAAGGUCAGCGAUGUCCUGAAGUUCUUUGAGGAUGGUGAGAUGAGCAAAUAUCGCCAAGGAGAUGGCAUUGGAUAUGUGGGAUUCCAGCAAUUCCUGAAACUCUAUCUGGAAAUAGACGAAGUUCCCCAUCAUCUUUGCCAGUCUCUGUUUUGGUCCUUUCACUCUAGACAAAACCCAGGGAAUACUGAGGCCAAAGACAGCAUGAUCUGUCUCAGUGAUGUCUCCUGCUACUUCUCCCUCCUGGAGGGUGGCCGGCCAGAAGACAAGCUAGAAUUCACCUUCAAGCUGUACGACAGGGACGGAAACGGGAUCCUGGACAGCUCGGAAGUAGAGAAAAUCAUCCUUCAGAUGAUCCGAGUGGCUGAGUAUUUAGACUGGGAUGUGUCUGAGCUGAGACCGAUUCUUCAGGAGAUGAUGAAAGAGAUCGACUAUGAUGGCAGUGGCUCUGUCUCUCUAGCUGAGUGGGUCAGGGCCGGGGCUACCACUGUGCCAUUGCUUGUGCUUCUGGGGAUGGAUAUGACUCUGAAAGAUGAUGGGAAACAUAUGUGGAGACCCAAGAGAUUUCCCAGACCAGUCUACUGCAACCUGUGCGAGUUGAACAUCGGCCUUGGCAAACAGGGCCUGAGCUGUAACAUCUGUAAGUACACUGUUCAUGACCACUGUGCCAUGAAGGCCCAGCCUUGUGAAGUCAGCACCUAUGCCAAGUCUCGGAAAGACAUUGGUGUCCAGUUACAUGUGUGGGUUCGAGGAGGCUGUGAUUCUGGGCGUUGUGACCGCUGCCAGAAAAAGAUCCGAAUCUACCACAGCCUAACAGGACUGCAUUGUGUGUGGUGCCACCUGGAGAUCCAUGAUGGCUGUCUGCAGGCUGUGGGUCCAGAGUGUGACUGUGGGCUGCUCCGAGAUCAUAUCCUGCCUCCGUCUUCCAUCUUCCCCAGGGUCCUGGCGUCUGGACAAGAUCUCAAACUGAAGACCACAGAUUAUUCAAACCUGAGCACCAUUGACGCUCUUAUGAUUGACCCUGUUCCUAACACCCACCCACUUCUAGUCUUCGUCAACCCUAAGAGCGGAGGGAAGCAGGGGCAGAGGGUGCUUUGGAAGUUCCAGUAUAUGCUAAACCCUCGACAGGUGUUCAACCUGAAGGAUGGUCCGGAGCAAGGGCUCAGGUUUUUCAGAGACGUUCCUCAGUUCCGGGUAUUGGUGUGUGGUGGAGACGGCACAGUAGGCUGGAUUCUAGAAACCAUUGACAAAGCCAACUUGCCUGUUGUGCCUCCUGUUGCUGUGUUACCCCUGGGCACUGGAAACGAUCUGGCUCGUUGCCUGAGAUGGGGAAGAGGUUAUGAAGGUGAGAAUUUGGGAAAGAUCCUCAAGGACAUAGAGAUAAGUAAGGUGGUGUAUCUCGAUCGAUGGUCCCUGGAAGUGAUACCCCAAGAAAAUGAAGAGAAGAGCGAUCCAGUCCCCUCUCAAAUCAUCAAUAACUACUUCUCCAUCGGUGUGGACGCUUCGAUAGCUCACCAGUUCCACGUCAUGCGAGAGAAGUAUCCCGAGAAGUUCAACAGCAGAAUGAAAAACAAGCUGUGGUACUUGGAAUUUGCGACAUCUGAAUCCAUCUUCUCCACAUGCAAAAAGCUGGAAGAGUCUUUGACAAUUGAGAUCUGUGGGAAGCUGCUGGAUCUCAGUGCCCUGUCCCUUGAAGGCAUUGCAGUACUGAAUAUCCCGAGCAUGCACGGUGGCUCCAAUCUCUGGGGCGAUACCCGGAAACCUCACGGAGACACCAGUUCUAUCAACCAGGCACUAGGCAGUACGGCCAAAAUAAUCACAGACCCCGAUAUCCUGAAAACCUGUGUGCCAGACAUGAGUGACAAGCGGCUGGAAGUGGUAGGAAUAGAGGGUGCGAUUGAGAUGGGCCAGAUCUAUACCAAGCUCAAGAAUGCUGGACACCGGCUGGCCAGGUGCUCCGAGAUCACAUUCAGGACCACGAAAACCCUCCCCAUGCAAAUUGAUGGGGAGCCUUGGAUGCAGGCACCCUGUACAAUCAAGAUCACCCAUAAGAACCAGAUGCCUAUGCUUAUGGGCCCGGCCCCCACUACCUACAACUUCUUUGGCUUUUGGAGCUGAGGGUACCCUCUGUCCCGAGCCCACUUCCCUGUUCCUGGAGAUGUCCCUCUGCUUUGUACAUUGCUGCCACACCCUCCAGUCAGCUCAGAAGGAUGCCUUGUCACCCUCACAGUAUUUAUUAACCUGUGCUGCCUCACUGUUCACACACACACACACACAACAUUGAAAGUGCCUCACCUAAUAAAGUACCUUUUUCCAUUCCCGGGA